AUGACGAAUAGACUGUCCGAAGGCUCAGCGCUGGGGGCCAGCCUGCUUUGUGAAUUAGCGCUGAAUGAGUUGCUUGUCGGUGGGAUCUCUGAGUUGCCGUGUGUGUGUGAGCUGGCCUCUCCUAUCGAUCUGUCGGCUCUGAGGGUGCAGGCUCUGCGAGACGCGCUGCUGAAUAACAAUGACAGAGCCAAGAGGGGCCAAUGGACGCCUAAUCCUAACGCAGGCGGCACGCCGGACAGACGGCAGGGUCUGGUCUCAGGCACGGCCGGCCUGAAGCGGAUGCGGUGCCUCUGCGGCAUGAUUGGCUCUCGUCCUUGCCAAUCGAUUGGAUCUUUUCUCCAAAAGAGGAGGGAGGACACUGAGGGAAAUAGCAGCCUGGAUGAUGUGGUGAUGAGGGCACAAGAUGGCGGCUGUGAGCACAGGCUGAGCGGGCGUGUUCGAUUCCAGGUGAGCCGUUUCCUCCUGGAAGUGUGUGGAUGUGUGGACGAGCAUGAGCAGCGUUGCUCAGACAUCCGCACAGAUGUCAGAGCAGACGCGCGGGCUGCUGUGAGAGGAUGCCGUCUGCAGAUAUGUGUCACAAAGAUGUCCACACGCAGCUGCCAGGGAACAGACUCUGUCAUCAAGCCCCUGGACACCAUCCCUGAGGACAAGAAGGUGAGAGUUCAGCGGACGCAGAGUGGCUUUGACCCCUUCGAGAAGCCGGCCAGCCAGGUGAAGAGGGUCCACUCUGAGAACAAUGCCUGCAUCAACGCUAAGAGCUCGUCUUCUGGAAAAGAGUCGCCCAAACUGCGCCGGCACUCCAGCCCCAGUUCUCCUACAAGCCCCAAAUUUGGAAAGGCCGAUUCCUAUGAGAAGCUGGAAAAGCUGGGAGAGGGUUCGUAUGCGACGGUUUACAAAGGAAAGAGCAAAGUGAACGGGAAGCUGGUGGCUCUUAAGGUGAUCCGUCUGCAGGAGGAGGAGGGCACGCCCUUCACAGCCAUAAGGGAAGCGUCGCUGCUGAAAGGCCUGAAACACGCCAACAUCGUGCUCCUCCACGACAUCAUUCACACCAAGGAAACCCUGACCCUGGUCUUUGAAUAUGUGCAUACAGACCUUUGUCAAUACAUGGACAAACACCCCGGAGGGCUUCACCCAGACAACGUAAAGCUCUUCCUGUUCCAGUUACUGCGGGGCCUGUCUUACAUCCACCAGAGAUACAUCCUUCACCGUGACCUGAAACCACAAAACCUGCUCAUCAGCGACACCGGAGAACUCAAACUGGCUGACUUUGGCUUGGCCAGGGCCAAAUCCGUCCCCAGCCACACCUACUCUAAUGAGGUGGUGACCCUUUGGUACCGGCCUCCAGAUGUCCUACUGGGCUCCACUGACUACUCAACCUGCCUGGACAUGUGGGGAGUGGGCUGUAUUUUUAUUGAGAUGAUCCAAGGAGUGGCUGCCUUUCCUGGAAUGAAGGACAUCCAGGACCAGCUAGAGAGGAUAUUUCUGGUGAGUGACUGA